AUGGCCAAGCCCCCGGCGGCGGCGGUGGCUGCGGCGGAGGAGCUGAGCCAGGUGCCGGACGAGGAGCUGCUGCGCUGGAGCAAGGAGGAGCUAGCGCGGCGGCUGCGGCGCGCCGAAGGAGAGAAGGUGGGCCUCAUGUUGGAGCACGGCGGCCUGAUGCGCGACGUGAACCGGCGGCUGCAGCAGCACCUGCUGGAAAUCCGCGGCCUCAAAGAUGUCAACCAGCGGCUUCAGGACGACAACCAGGAGCUGCGCGAGCUUUGCUGUUUUCUCGACGACGACCGGCAGAAGGGGCGCAAGCUGGCGCGCGAGUGGCAGCGCUUCGGGCGCCACGCGGCCGGCGCUGUGUGGCACGAGGUGGCCCGCUCGCAGCAAAAGCUGCGCGAGCUCGAGGCGCGCCAGGAGGCCCUGCUGCGCGAGAACCUGGAGCUCAAAGAGCUGCUCUUGCUGCUGGACGAGGAGCGCGCGGCGCUGGCGGCCGGUUCGGGCGGCGCUGGCGCGGGCUCCCGCAGCUCCAUCGACAGCCAGGCCAGCCUGAGCGGGCCGCUGGCCGGUGGUGCGGGGGGCGCGGGGGCCCGCGACGUGGGCGACGGCAGCAGCACCUCCAGUACGGGCAGCGGCGGCAGUCCGGACCACCACCACCACGCACCGCCUCCGCUGCUGCCCCCCGGGCCGCACAAGGCCCCAGACGGCCAGCCAGGAGUCACACGCAGGUCCCUGGACGACUUGUCGGCCCCGGCGCACCACCGCAGCAUCCCCAAUGGCUUGCACGAUCCCUCGUCCACAUAUGUCAGGCAGCUGGAGACCAAGGUGAAGUUGCUGGAGGGUGACCCGAAGCUCCUCACACAGCAGGCUGGUCCCGGAGAGUUCCGAACUCUGCGAAAAGGCUUCUCACCGUACCACUCCGAGUCCCAGCUCGCGACCCUGCCGCCCUCCUACCAGGACUCCCUGCAGAACGGACCAGCUUGCCCCGAGCUGCCCUCCCCACCCCCGGCCAGCUACAGCUCCGCAGGACAGAAGCCUGAGGUGGUAGUGCAUGCCAUGAAGGUCCUGGAGGUACAUGAGAACCUAGACCGACAGCUCGAGGACAGCUGUGAGGAUGAUCUGAGUGAGAAGGAGAAGGCCAUUGUCCGUGAGAUGUGUAACGUGGUCUGGAGAAAACUGGGGGACGCCGCCAGCUCCAAGCCCUCCAUCCGGCAGCACCUGUCUGGGAACCAGUUCAAGGGGCCUUUGUAG